CUCUGGGUUUGACAUCCGGGGGGAAUAUAUCGCAUGGUUGGAGGGUUAGAAGAAAGGUUUAAAAGUUCCUGAUUGGCGAUUUUAAGAGGUGGCAGAUGAACGCGAGUUUCACUUAUGCUGGUAGUGGUGUAAAAACAAUAAGAAGCGGAGGUUGCGCAGAAUUAAACGUUUCCCAACUGCCAGUCCCGAAUAAACCGAGUUGUUUCGGGUGACAGCUUCAAAGUUAAAACACAAAUUGGGGUCAAUAUUUGAAGAAGCGGGUUAGUGAUUAACUGCCCUCGGUGGCCGCAGCUGCACAGACUCCCAGCGAACAGCUCGCUCCCCUCAGUCCGCUCCACAAUGCACUGCGUCCGGGCUUGGAGAGGUCUGAGCUCCCUGCGCGCCGCCGCGGGUCACCCGAGAGCAUGGACGCGACACCAAAGCCGCACGGCCGCUGCCAGGCUCGACCUCAGCGGGAUCUAUCCGCCCAUUGCCACCCCGUUCACCGCCAAGGAGGAGGUGGACUACAAGAAACUGGAGGAAAACCUGCAGAAAUACGCCAAGAUCCCCUUUAAAGGUCUGGUCGUCCAGGGCUCCAACGGCGAGUAUCCGUACCUGACGGAGGAGGAGCGGGUGGAGGUGGUGAGGACGGUCAGGAGGUCACUGCCCGCGGAGAAACUGCUGAUGGCCGGAUCAGGCUGUGAAUCCACCAGAGCCACGGUUCAUCUCACAGAGAAGAUGGCGGCAGCCGGAGCGGACGCCGUCCUCGUGGUCACUCCCUGCUUCUACAAGGGCAAGAUGGACGGCCGCGCUCUCAUCCGCCACUUCACAAAGGUGGCGGACAGCAGCCCGGUGCCGGUGGUCCUGUACAGCGUGCCGGCCAACACGGGGCUGGAGCUGCCGCUGGACGCUGUGACGCAUCUGUCCCAGCAUCCAAACAUCCUGGGCCUUAAGGACAGCGGAGGAGAUAUCACACGGAUCGGCCUGAUUGUUCACAAAACCAAGGCACAGGAUUUCCAGGUUCUAGCUGGCUCAGCAGGGUUUCUAAUGGCGGCCUACUGUGUCGGUGCUGUCGGCGGAGUGUGUGCGCUGGCUAACGUGCUGGGCCAGGAGGUGUGCGAGCUGGAGCGUCUGUGUGUGGCCGGGCGUUGGGAGGAAGCCAGAGUCCUUCAGCAGCGCCUCAUCGAGCCCAAUUCCGCCGUGACGAGGAAGUUGGGAGUUCCUGCCCUCAAGCAGGCGAUGGAGUGGUUUGGUUUCCACGGAGGCGCCUGUCGAUCACCUCUUCAGCCGCUGACGGAGGCCGAGGCUCAGCAGCUGAGGAGCGACUUCUCCUCCAACGGGUGGUUGUGAGUUAGAGAGUCUGUCAUUACAGCUGAAGAGCUUCAAAGUUCGUCUGGAUGAACUGUAAUUUAGUUCCUCUGUUUGACUGAAACAUAUAAAAUAGAUUCUUUGUGAGCCAAACGUGCCUAUUUCAACAAUAAAUGUGCAUUUCUCUUAAAUUAUAAAUCCUUUGCCUUGAUUUUUAAUGUGAAAAUUUUAACUGUGCUUCGGGCAGUAAUUUCAUUUCAAUAGCAUAUCCAAUUACUUUAACCCUUUAUGGGGCGAGUAACUAUAUCUGGUCACUUCAGCACAUUUUAAAUUGCGUCCUCUCAGUAAGGUUUGCAAACAUGUGGUUUUCAUUCAGCCAAUAAAAGAAGAUCAAGGAAACAUUUUCAGGUCUAAUUAGGGUCUAAUGUGGUCUACAAGUUCCACCUCUGCAUGAACUGACCAUGAAGAAGAAGUGUCCUAAUGCUGUCUAAUGAAUCAUCUCUGUUGCUCUGAUGCUCUAAAUAUAUGUUUACAUUUGCUUAUGGACAUGGAACUAUACAUAUUAAAUGAAUUCAUCUUGAUUUUUCUCGAUGAAAAAAGA